AUGAGACAGAGGAGGUGGAUGGAGUUACUGAAGGACAACGACUUUGAGUUGAAUUACCAUCCGAGAAAGGUGAAUGUAGUGGCAGAUGCGUUAAGUCAGAAGUCACUGUAUGCGGCUUGGAUGAUGCUUCAAGAAGAAAAGUUGCUCAAGGGGUUCGAUAUUCUAAAAAUUGGUGCUCGAGAAGUAUCUGAAACUCUGUGUUUGAGUCGAUUAGAGAUCUCAAGUGACUUUAAGUCCGAACUCCUAAAGGCCAAUGAGAAUGAUGAAGCGUUAUGGAAAGUGUUACCAGCUAUUGAGCAAGGGAAACAGUGGAGAGUGUCAGAGGAUGAGGAUGGGCUAUGGAGAUUCAAAGGUAUGAAGAAUGACGUGGCGGAAUAUGUUUUGAAGUUCUUAACUUGUCAAAAGGUGGUCAUUGCUGCUAUGGGAUCCUCGUACCAGCAUUUUGCCACGUCUCAACCCACUGCUGCCAAUGUGUCGUUGUCGUUAGCAGUUUCCAUUGACCCGCCAUUAUCGCUGCUGAGUCCACCAUGCCAUAAGCAAGUUGUUUCUCUAUUUUGUUAA